CCGCCAGGGAUUCCGCCAGGGAUUCCGCCAGGGAUUCCGCCAGGGAUUCCGCCAGGGAUUCCGCCAGGGAUUCCGCCAGGGAUUCCGCCAGGGAUUCCGCCAGGGAUUCCGCCAGAGAUUCCGCCAGGGAUUCCGCCAGGGAUUCCGCCUGGGAUUCCGCCAGGGAUUCCGCCUGGGAUUCCGCCAGGGAUUCCGCCAGGGAUUCCGCCAGGGAUUCCUCCAGGGAUUCCUCCAGGGAUUCCGCCAGGGAUUCCGCCAGGGAUUCCGCCAGGGAUUCCGCCAGGGAUUCCACCAGGGAUUCCGCCAGGGAUUCCACCAGGGAUUCCGCCAGGGAUUCCACCAGGGAUUCCGCCAGGGAUUCCGCCAGGGAUUCCGCCAGGGAUUCCGCCAGGGAUUCCGCCAGGGAUUCCGCCAGGGAUUCCGCCAGGGAUUCCGCCAGGGAUUCCGCCAGGGAUUCCGCCAGGGAUUCCGCCAGGGAUUCCGCCAGGGAUUCCGCCAGGGAUUCCGCCUGGGAUUCCGCCUGGGAUUCCGCCAGGGAUUCCGCCAGGGAUUCCUCCAGGGAUUCCGCCAGGGAUUCCGCCAGGGAUUCCGCCAGGGAUUCCGCCAGGGAUUCCGCCAGGGAUUCCGCCAGGGAUUCCGCCAGGGAUUCCGCCAGGGAUUCCGCCAGGGAUUCCGCCAGGGAUUCCGCCAGGGAUUCCGCCAGGGAUUCCGCCUGGGAUUCCUCCAGGGAUUCCGCCAGGGAUUCCGCCAGGGAUUCCUCCAGGGAUUCCGCCAGGGAUUCCGCCAGGGAUUCCGCCAGGGAUUCCGCCAGGGAUUCCGCCAGGGAUUCCGCCAGGGAUUCCGCCAGGGAUUCCGCCAGGGAUUCCGCCAGGGAUUCCGCCAGGGAUUCCACCAGGGAUUCCGCCAGGGAUUCCACCAGGGAUUCCGCCAGGGAUUCCGCCAGGGAUUCCGCCAGGGAUUCCGCCAGGGAUUCCGCCAGGGAUUCCGCCAGGGAUUCCGCCUGGGAUUCCGCCAGGGAUUCCGCCAGGGAUUCCGCCAGGGAUUCCGCCAGGGAUUCCGCCAGGGAUUCCGCCUGGGAUUCCGCCUGGGAUUCCGCCAGGGAUUCCGCCAGGGAUUCCUCCAGGGAUUCCGCCAGGGAUUCCGCCAGGGAUUCCGCCAGGGAUUCCUCCAGGGAUUCCGCCAGGGAUUCCGCCAGGGAUUCCGCCAGGGAUUCCUCCAGGGAUUCCGCCAGGGAUUCCACCAGGGAUUCCGCCAGGGAUUCCACCAGGGAUUCCGCCAGGGAUUCCACCAGGGAUUCCGCCAGGGAUUCCGCCAGGGAUUCCGCCAGGGAUUCCGCCAGGGAUUCCGCCUGGGAUUCCGCCAGGGAUUCCGCCAGGGAUUCCGCCAGGGAUUCCGCCAGGGAUUCCGCCAGGGAUUCCGCCUGGGAUUCCGCCUGGGAUUCCGCCAGGGAUUCCGCCAGGGAUUCCUCCAGGGAUUCCGCCAGGGAUUCCGCCAGGGAUUCCUCCAGGGAUUCCACCAGGGAUUCCGCCAGGGAUUCCACCAGGGAUUCCGCCAGGGAUUCCGCCAGGGAUUCCGCCAGGGAUUCCUCCAGGGAUUCCGCCAGGGAUUCCGCCAGGGAUUCCGCCAGGGAUUCCGCCAGGGAUUCCACCAGGGAUUCCGCCAGGGAUUCCACCAGGGAUUCCGCCAGGGAUUCCACCAGGGAUUCCGCCAGGGAUUCCGCCAGGGAUUCCGCCAGGGAUUCCUCCAGGGAUUCCGCCAGGGAUU